AUGGCAAAGAGUGACUCAGUUUACAAUGAGGAGUAUGAUAGAGCCAGCAGAGGUGAGGAUCAGCAGACAAAGAAGGAUAUCAAAUCAUUGCAAGACAAGUUGGACUUGGUUCUUUCAAACCAAUCCAAGAAGGAGCAGGUUAGCUUAGUUGGUGAUCCUAAUCAAGAGGUUCCUCCUAAGGUGAAUGAGGUUGAUGGUUUGGAAGGGCAAGAAGAGCUUUGCUUCAUCAACAACAAUGGUACAUGGUACAGAAAGGAGCCUAACUUUCAGUACAACAACUACCAGCCGAGGUCUUAUCAAAACAACCAGCAAGGAGGAUACCAACCUAAGCAAACCACUCAACAAGGGAACUAUCAGCAAAGGCAAAAUGCCCCUCCUGGUUUUGGUAACACAAAUCAGUCUACUCAAGCUCAAGGAAGCUCAUCUCAGUCCAAGGCUCCUGAUUCAAACAUGGAGUCAAUGUUCAAGCAGAUCAUGGAAGCUCAGUCUAGAGUUGCAAAGGAUAUUGGGCAUGAGUUCAAGACAGUGCACUCCAAGAUUGACAGUAGCUACACAGAGCUAAACAACAAGAUCAGGGCUUUGGAGAGCCAAUUUGCUUCUAUGAACUCUCAGCCUAGUCGCCAACAAGGAACCCUACCUGGAAAACCUGAGCAAAACCCCAAAGAAACAAUGAAAGCAAUCACUUUGCGAAGUGGUAAAGAGUUGCCUCCAAGAGUACUCACCAAGGAUGGUGAGAAACAGGAUGGGGAGGUUGCCAUCAACAUUGAUGAUGAGGUAGUUAUUGUUGAUGAGAAGGUUGAUGAGGAAAUUCUGGAAAAGAUUGUGGAAGCUAAGGGUAAAGGAAAGGUUGGAGAGGAGAAGAGAACAGUGAAGCAAGGUGGAGCUACAUCAAAAGAUACUUCUUUUGUCCCUCCUCCCUAUGAGCCUAAGUUACCUUUUCCAGGAAGAUUCAAGAAGCAACUAUUGGAGAAGUACAAGGCACUCUUUGAGAAGCAGAUGAGUGAAGUGCAGAUUACAAUGCCCAUCAUAGAUGCCUUCAUGCUUGUUCCUCAGUGUAGCAAGUUCUUGAAGGAUGUUGUGGCUGCUAAGAAGAAAGAAAUGGAAGGAAUGGUGGUUCUUACUCAUGAGUGCAAUGCCAUCAUUAAGAGGUUGACAAUCCCUAAGAAGCUAAAAGAUCCAGGAAGCUUCACUCUACCUUGUGCCAUUGGUCCUCUGAUGUUUGAAAGGUGCCUAUGUGACUUGGGAGCUAGUGUUAGUCUCAUGCCUUUAUCUGUAGCCAAGAAGCUUGGGUUUAGCCACUACAAGAAGUGCAAACUCUCCUUGGUGCUUGCUGAUUGCUCAGUGAAAUUUCCCAUUGGAAUUUUGGAAGAUCUCUCUGUGAUGGUGGGAAAUUGUGAAAUCCCUACUGACUUUGUGGUGCUAGAGAUGGAUGAGGAAGCUAGAGAUCCUUUGAUCCUUGGAAGACCAUUCUUGGCCACAGCAGGAUCAAUUAUAAAUGUGAAGGAGGGCAAGAUUGAUCUUCACUUGGGUAAGGAGCACAUUCUCCACUUUGACAUCAAUGAGAUAAUGAAGAGGCACACCAUCCAAGGGCAGAUCUUCUACAUAGAGGAAAUGGAAGCUCUAGCUGAUGAGCUGCUUGAGGAGUUAGCACUUGAGGAUCCUCUACAGCAUGCCUUGACAGUUGAUAGAGGAGUCCAAGUGGUUGAGAACAAGGAAAGUGAUGCUUAUGGAAGGAUGCUGGAUUCACACAGAGGGUUUGAGAGUGAGGAUCAGUAUGAGGCGCUUCAACAAGUGGUUCAUCAAGAGGCAGCAUCCACUCAACAAAAGGACAGUCAUCAAGAGGAUUGGGAUGAACUCAAAGCGCCUAAGGUGGAACUUAAACCCCUUCCCCAUGGUGUAAGGUAUGCUUUCCUUGGCCCUAAUGAGACUUACCCUGUCAUUGUGAGUAGUGAGCUUACUGAACUUGAAUUGUCUCAACUGUUGAGUGCACUUAAGAAGUUUAGGAAAGCAAUAGGGUAUUCUCUAGAUGACAUCAAAGGGAUAUCACCUUCUUUGUGCAUGCAUAGGAUACAUCUAGAGGAUGAAUCAAUGACUUCUAUUGAGCAUCAAAGAAGGUUAAACCCUAAUUUGAAAGAAGUUGUAAAGAAGGAGAUUCUCAAACUCUUAGAUGCAGGUGUUAUUUACCCAAUCUCAGAUAGUAAAUGGGUAUCUCCUGUGCAUGUGGUUCCAAAGAAAGGUGGUAUCACUGUUGUGAAAAAUGAUAAGAAUGAGUUGAUCCCCACUAGAACUGUAACUGGACAUAGGAUGUGCAUUGAUUAUAGAAAGUUAAACUCUGCAUCUAGAAAGGAUCAUUUUCCAUUGCCAUUUAUUGAUCAGAUGCUUGAGAGACUUGCAAACCAUCCUUUCUAUUGCUUUCUUGAUGGGUAUUCAGGGUUCUUCCAAAUCCCUAUACAUCCCAAUGAUCAAGAGAAGACGACAUUCACAUGCCCCUAUGGUACCUUUGCCUAUCGAAGGAUGCCAUUUGGGUUAUGUAAUGCUCCAGCCACCUUUCAAAGGUGCAUGAUGUCUAUCUUCUCUGAUCUCAUUGAGGAUGUUGUGGAGGUAUUCAUGGAUGACUUCUCUGUCUACGGAUCUUCGUUUUCUGCUUGUUUGUCCAACUUGUGCAGGGUCCUACAGAGAUGUGAAGACACCAACCUUGUGCUGAACUGGGAGAAGUGUCACUUCAUGGUCAAAGAGGGGAUUGUACUUGGACACAAGAUUUCAGAAAGAGGCAUCGAAGUGGACAAGGCUAAGAUUGAGGUGAUGGUUAGUCUACCUCCACCAAAGACUGUGAAAGACAUAAGGAGUUUCCUUGGCCAUGCUGGGUUCUACAGGAGAUAUGUCAAGGACUUCUCAAAGGUUGCUAGGCCAAUAACCAAGCUGCUAUGCAAAGAAGCCGCUUUCAGCUUUGAUUCAGAUUGUCUUGAAGCUUUCAAGGAGCUGAAGAACAAUUUGGUCAAUGCUCCUAUUGUUCAACCACCUGAUUGGAGUCUCCCCUUUGAAAUUAUGUGUGAUGCAAGUGACUUUGCUGUUGGAGCUGUUUUGGGGCAGAAAAAGGAUGGCAAGACUCAUGUGAUCUACUAUGCUAGCCAAACCUUGAAUGAUGCUCAGGUGAAGUAUUCCACAACCGAGAAGGAGAUGCUAGCCAUUGUAUUUGCCUUUGAGAAGUUCAGAAGCUACUUGGUUGGGUCAAAGGUUAUUGUCUACACUGAUCAUGCAGCUUUGAGACACCUAUUGGCCAAGAAAGAUGCUAAGCCAAGACUUUUGAGGUGGAUCCUUUUGCUUCAAGAGUUUGACUUGGAGAUUAGAGACAAGCCGGGCAUUGAGAAUGGAGUAGCUGAUCACUUAUCUAGGAUGAGGAUUGAAGGUGAAACCCCCAUUGAUGAAGGGCUUCGUGAGGAACAGGUCAUGGCCAUCAGGGCAGUGGUUGCAGUGUGUGAAACGGGCAAAAAGCUUGAAGAGGUUAAGGCGUCUAAGGAGAAGGAGCCUUUGUAUGCAGAUUUUGUGAACUACCUUGUCACAGGAAAGGAACCAUUAAGACUUGAAGGUUAUUCCAAGAAGAAGUUCUACAAGGAGUUGAAGAGGUACUAUUGGGAUGAACCUUUUCUUUUCAUCCUUUGCAAAGACCAUCUCUAUAGAAGGGCAGUGGCUGAAGAAGAGGUUAAUGGAAUCCUACAACAAUGCCAUGGUUCUUCAUAUGGAGGGCAUUUUGCAACUUUCAAGACAGUGGCUAAGGUUCUACAAGCUGGAUUUUGGUGGCCUCAUAUGUUCAAGGACUGCCAACGGAGAGGGAACAUCACAAAGAGGAAUGAAAUGCCUCAAAACCCAAUUCUUGAAGUGGAGGUAUUUGAUGUUUGGGGAAUAGACUUCAUGGGACCUUUCCCCUCUUCUUAUGGCAACAAGUACAUCUUAGUGGCUGUAGACUAUGUGUCUAAGUGGGUUGAAGCAGUUGCAAGUCCUACAAAUGACUCAAGAGUGGUGUUGAAGAUGUUUAAGAGCAUCAUUUUUCCAAGGUUUGGAGUUCCUAGAGUGGUGAUAAGUGAUGGAAGCUCACAUUUCAUCAACAAACUUUUUGAGAAUCUUCUCAAGAAGAAUGGAGUGAAACACAAGGUUGCAACCCCUUAUCACUUUCAAACCAGUGGUCAAGUUGAAAUCUCUAACAGAGAGAUCAAGGGUAUCCUGGAGAAGAUUGUGGGAGCCAAGAGGAAGGAUUGGUCAGACAAGCUUGAUGAUGCACUUUGGGCCUAUAGGACAGCAUACAAGACACCAUUGGGAACCACCCCUUUCAACCUUGUGUAUGGGAAAGCUUGCCAUCUACCAGUAGAACUUGAUUACAAGGCAUUGUGGGCUGUGGAUUUGUUGAACUUUGACAUCAAGAGUGCAAAAGAAAAGAGAAGAUCCCUUGAUUGACUCCAUAAAAGAAAAGAGUUAUAUUUAAAGAAGUGUUUUGAGUUCUUUGGGAUAUCUUGGUGAGUGAUGAGAGUUGGGUUUUGGCAUUUGAAUUUGAAGUAUGAACUUGUAUAUGUAUGGGGAAGGGUAGAACAAUGGAGAUUGAGCAUUGUAUGCAUGAGUUGAUCCCUUUCUUAGAUAUAUUAUGUGCAUUACCAAAGCUACUUUGUUUUGAAAGUAAACCACUUUUAAAGAUUGUUUUGAACUUCUUAUUUCAUCAUUGAACAAAAACAUUUCCUUUCCAAACCAAAUGACUUGGACCUUUUGACCAUUUGCAAGAUUUUCUAUUGAGUUUGCUUAAUGAUUGUUAGAGAGUUGUUGGAUUUGGGUUUGUGGAAUCAUAAUGAUGAGUGUAGAGAUCAAAAGAGUUGAAUAGGCCUAGAGAAGUUAGAGAAGAACGAAAGUUUUGCUCUAGCUAGUUGUUAUGAUUAUGCAAGGUUGUUAGGAUGAGAGCUAAGAAGAGCAUCUUUUGGUUAUGAAAUCCAUGUUUUCAAACCUCUCCUCCUUGGUUCUUGAAAGUUUACUUGAGGACAAGUAAAGGACUAGUGUGGGGGAGUUGAUAUCUUGCAUAUUUACAUGUUUUUAGCUUUCAUAUCUUAUGCAUUUUGAUCAUAUAGCUUAGAUUUUAGUGUCUUUAGGAUCCAUAUUGCAUUCAUAUGUCCCUAUCAGGUGUUGGAGCAUACUAUGAGAUGAUGUGAAGUGUUUAAGAGCUCAAAGAUCCAAAGGAGGUGAAGAAUGAAGCUCAGCAAACCAAGUACUCUCUUAGACUCGAAUAGACCGGAAUGUCGAGACCGGAGUCACCAUGUCGGGCGUGGAGAGACAGGACCGGAUUGUGAGGACCGGGAAGUACACCCCGGGCGUGAAGCCAUGGACCGGGAUGGAGGACCGUGAAGAGCAAGCCGGGCGUGAGGCAGGACCGGGAUGCAGGACCGGGAUCACCAUGCCGGGCGUGAAGAGAAGAGAGUGUGGUCAAGGCUGGUUUUCUCAAACCGGUCCGGUUCGACCCAAUUCGACCUUGGGUCAUUUUAAACACUAUUUUGAAGUUCUAAUUAGCCCUAUACAAAGGGCAUUCUAGUCUUUUAUCAUAUGUGUCUCUCU